AUGUUGUGGGUCCAGUUUGCCUGCACCCUUCUUCUGGUUCUACCCCCCACUCUGCCCCGAGCGGAGGGGAAGGGCCCUCGGACCCCCUUGGUGCGUCGCGAUCCUGAGGAGGCAGCUCAGGAGGCCUAUGACGAGUUCAUUCGUGCUGAGUUGGGUGAGGCGGCGGCUAAUCAGGCGGCCGAAAUGGCGAGGCAUUCAGUUGAAGAGUAUAACCGCGUGCUAGAGGAAAGGUCACCCCCUCAAGCGGCCCUGACACUAAAGCAUCAAAGUAUGGUUACUGAGGAGGCUGAGGACAACAAGCAGGCCGAGUUAUCACAGACGAAAGACAUGUUGGCGCCCCUCCUCACUGGUCAGACGUUGCAAGUGGUGACCGCCCAGAUGCCGGAGAGAUAUGAUGGGGUCUCCGACCUGCGGAUCUGGUUCCGAAGGUUUGAGGCAGAUGCCAGGGCGGCCGGUUGGAACGAGCACAUGAUGGCCGAGAGACUGGGUAGAUUCUUCAGGGAUUCCUAUUUUGACACGUGGGACGAGAAUGCUGGCAAGAAGGACUUCGCUGCUGAUCGGGAGAUGAUGUUACAACUCUUUGACCUGAUUCGUCCCGACGAGGCCUUGGAGAAGUUCCACGCCUUAUCUUGGGACGGGAAGGGUCAUGUCAGUCAGUUCAUGGCCAUCUUGAAGCGGGCCCUGGAGGAGUACGACAAGAUGUUACCGGCGGAGGAGAAGCUUCCCCCUUUGGUUAAGAUUCGUAUGUUGUUGGAUCGGCUCAUUGCCUGUGCCCCGGAGGGAGCCAGGCCGGUUCUGAGAAGACGUCGACCUAAGGGUAUAACUGAGGUCUGCCAGAUUAUAGAAGAUUACAGAGGGAAGCAGUCUCGGACGGCCAAGCAUGCUGCGGCGGCUGUGUCCGAGGAUGAGCAUGGGUGCCCCGGGGCGGUGGCACAACCUUCCCCAGACAAGGACAAGCAGUUGGCUUCGCUUAUCGAAUCUCAGACUAAGGCUAUCAACGCUAUGCAUACUUCGCAGAAUGCCCUGCUUGGGUCCCUGGAGGAUAUCCUCAAGGCUCAACAAGACCCUGGUCGUAAGGAUAAGGACAUGCGUGCAGGACUCACGCAGCCCAGGAGACAGCUGGUGCCGUGCGGGAUCUGUGAAGGGAAGCAUGCAUCCUAUAACUGUCCUCAUAAGAAGUGCAGUGAGGGUUGCUUCAUCUGUGGUUCUAAGGCACACUUGUCCCGCUCGUGUCCUGAGCGCCCAGCUCUGCUGGAGAAGAUUAAGAAGGGUGAGAUGCCGGAACAGGGAAAUUAG